UUCCCACCCUUUCCUUAUUAAUAUUCCCCAUAUUACAGGUCUAAAUAUCCUAUGUGGUAGCAACAGGCCCAUAACUUGGUAGCAACAGGCCCAUAACUUCUGGUUUUAUGGUGAUGCUUUUGGGAGAGGCAUUGGCUUUGACUGUUAAUGAAGAAUUUCCUGGAAAUGUUCCCUAAAGAACUCACUUCAGCAACACAGCCUUCCCCUUCUCCCUUCAGAAAAGGAAAACAACCCUUCCUUCUGAUCUGCCCGAGGCACAACUGGGUUUCAUUUCUCUUGUCUCGUAGACUUGCUUUCGGAAUCGCCUUCCAUGUGCAAGUGCUGAAACCAAAUUAAACUAGCCUGAAACUUCUGGACUGUAGUGAAGAAGAGAGGGCAUUGCAAGGCUUUGUAGAAAUUUUGAAGGGGUAGGAAAGGGAGUUUUUCAGUGCUUUGAAUCUUUUCUGGGUAUUCUUCAGCAUUUGCUGUCAGCUGAGCUCUGAAAGCACUAGCAAACUUGAGCGCAAAUGGUUAAGAGGGUAUCUGGGAGGAUUUUGUAUCAAACUUCCUUCCUGGAAACUGAAUUCCUUCAAGAUUUUUCAGUAAAUGUAACUGAGCACAAAAUAACUUCCUAGUAUAGUUCUUUUGCAGAGGUUGCCCAUUCUUUGGUCAGCAGAUGCUUCCAUACAGCUGCGCCUUCACUUUAGCCCCAACUAUUACUAAUGCUUCGUUGAAUUGAGUUUUCCAGGUUUUCAGUUACUCAUAAGAAGGCUUGAGGGAAGGUCCCUAUGGGAGUGGCUUCUGUCAGUGCCUUUGUUGGCUUUGCUGAAUGCAGGGUUGAGUGCAGCUUUGGCGUGGGUGGAGGAGCUGUAGUGUUUGGUAGCUCCCAAAUCCUGCCUGUGCCUCCUUGAGUCAUGGGAAGGAAGUGACCUCUGCGCCCAAAGUCUGCUCUCACCAGGAACACAAAGGUGUGUAAGUCUGAUUUGUUGUCAGUAAUCGCUUACUGUACAAUGAAAUAUGCUGGCCAUGGCUUUCCCAAUACCUGGGACCAUUCAUACGUGAGGAAUUUGCUGCAGCUCUACUGCCUUUUGGGGUGCUUUCAUCCCUACCUGGAAAGAAAUAACGUGGUUAUUUUUUUCCCUCAUUAUAUAUACACAGGAGAUGCAUUCUGUUAAUAGCAGUGCUGAAAUAAUUAUUUCUUGAUGGAUUUUCAGCUUUUCAUCCUAUGCUGAAAGGGCGAAUGACAAGGCUUCACCAAUCCAGCACUUGCCUUGCAGUGAUUGAUUUUUAAAGUUAGUCUUCAGUCACAAACAGGACUUCAGUCACAAACAGGACUUCAGGAUAUUGAUUGGAGAAACUGCAGCUUAUUAGGGCUGUCAUGCCUGUAAGAGGUUUAUAAAAAAAAGAAAAGGAAUUGUGCACUUAAGUUUCUUCAAAUAUGACGUCCUUGGCCCCAAGAGCUUCAUCUUCCCGGUACUUCUCCAUGUUGAUCUCAAGCCCCGUGAUGGAUGAAGAGGCAGGCUUGAUUGCUUCCAGUGAUGCACUCGUUGUGCUUUGAUAAUUUUGACUAGCUUGCUAAAAGUGAGCCCCGUGUUCUGUAUAUAGAAAGGCCAAGUGUCUGUUUGUUCAUAUUAGCGCUGGCCCAUUUUGAGGAGAUUCAAGGUGAAAAUUUGCCUGGCUCAAUGCUGUGCAUAUCCAUACUUUUCCAUAAACUGACAAGUUCAUUGGGUCAACGCAAAAAGGGCUUAAUGAAAGAAGCAAGGUGACCUCAUCUCUGCUCAUAAAUAGAGACAUUUGAUGUGUGUGAUUAGAGGCAGAGAGCUCUCAAAUCCAUUUUGGUAAGCUAAACCCUUACGAUUUUAGAGCUGAGUGCUCUGGCUCAGCUCCUGCACAUCUGCCCUGGCAGAGCUGGGUCUGCCCAGAGCUUCAGACCCAGGGAGAUGCUAGAAGUGCUGCAGGCUGGCCCUGGGCACUGGACUUAACAAUGUUGCCUUCUUAGAGUAGAUUUGUUGUGUAAGUUGAUUGCUGCAGACAGCUGUGCAACUGCAGCAGCAAUGCCAUCUCAGUUGCUUCCACAAACACUCAGAUGUGAGCCUGCAGGUAAAGCUCCUGAACACAUGAACCUUUAGCCUAUAUUUGAGGUGUCUGCAUCUACCUAAGAAAUAAUCAGUGAUUUUGUUUGUAGGCUCUUACAGGGAAAAAUACUGGGUAGGCAGCACUAUCCUCUUACUAACAACUUAUUUUCCUCUGGGCAACUCCAAGCUGGCAUGCUUUUUUGAGGUAGCAAGAGGCAAAAACUGGUUAUAGCAGUACUACACAGGAUGUGUCUGUAAUCCGAAGGCUGUGGGACAGGGGGCUCUCAGAACGGUGCAGGCUAGUUGGGUGAGUUCCAUUGAGUCACUGGUACGAAAUGCUGAUGACUAAUCAUGCCCAGUUUUAUUUUUAACAAAUUCACUAGUGAUGUAAGAGCUGUAAACAGCAAGCUGGCUGAAGGUCCAGGUGGCAGGAAGGUCAUAGGUAACAUUCCUCUGUUACUUCUCUAAAUGAAGCAGUGAAGAGAGGAUGCCAGCAGAAUUUCCCUCAGCUGUAGCUGAGGAAGGUGUGCUCAUCAGCUGGCAGGGACUGCUCAGGAGCACAGUUCUCUUCAGCUGUUGGCCAGGAAGCCAUCAUCAUCGCUGCGGUUUGCUGUAGUUUCCUGCUCACUUGGCUGUAGUGUUGGUGAAGGCCUGAGCAUGGAAACCAGGUAAUGUGCUGCAGCUGAGCAUUGCACUUGAACUCUUCAUUGCAACAAAUGAUACCAGUGUAACAUUCCAAUUACCACAAAUGUGGUUUUUAGUUGCCUGCUCUUCUCUCUCCUCUCCUACAAAGCAUGGGACUGGGAAACAGAAGCUUCACAGUUGUCCAGUAUUAAAUAUCUCCAUUUUCUUCACCCUCUGUCCUCUUGCAGCACAGAGACCAGACAUUUGUAGCUCUCCAGCCUGCUGCUGAUCAGUAGCUGAUAUCAGACUUGUUUUCCUCCAAGGGGUUUUGGUGUAGCUGCACUGAGUACAGAAAGUACUUCUGAGGCUUCGUCCUCCUGAGAGGAAGAAGAGCGAGGCGUCAGUACGGCCUGUCUUGUUGGCAUAUCUUCUGAGUCAGAAGGAGCAGACAGUGCUGGAGCUGUUUCCUGGAAGCCCCAUUUCCAUAUCAGCUUAUUGUGCCUGUAAGGAAUCCAGCUCUAAUUGUACACACUGCUUGUGCUUCGCAGUUACAGGCUGGAAGCUCUCUCUUUUAUUAGUGCUAUCAAAUUGCUGUAACAAGCCUUGGUGCGUGUGCAGCAGUGUUAAUUAGGAGGCUGUAUCUCAGCCUGCUGGUGCUUCUCACCUUCUUGUUGAAGUGUUGUACGUAGAACUUCUCAGAAUACAAGUGUGUGAACAGGCAGAAGCCGUUUACAAACUUUAGUCUGUAAGAGGUUGUGUAAAAGCAGCAGGAAACUUUCAGUCUGACUUUGCACUUUGGUAACAGUACCUUGUUAGUCCUAGUCUUCUCAGUGUGGAGAGAUUUGGGUAGCUGUUGUAACUGGGAGCAAUGUCACCUCUGUCUGGAAGGUCGUAGUCCAGCCGUGUUCUGAAGCUGCAUUAGUUUUCAUUACUGUUUUGUCUAUCCCUUCUCAUGAGGAUAUUCCUGUGCUGCAGAUGGAUUACUGUGCUAUAGGCAGCUGAUCUAGACCGGCAGCUCCAAAGGGUUGCUUGGCACGUGGAUCCAGACAGUGAAGAUUCUGCUGAGGACUGUCUAUUUCUCCUGGUUUGAAGAACAGUGACAUUAGUUCAACAUGAGUGUGAUGUUGGAAACCCCUGAGCUGCCGGCAGUGUUUGAUGGGGUGAAGCUUGCUGCAGUUGCUGCUGUUCUCUAUGUUAUUGUUCGCUGCUUGAAUUUAAAAAGCCCAACUGCCCCUCCUGAACUCAUCUACCAGGACUCUGCUUUGUCCCGUUUUCUGCUCAAAUCCUGCCCGCUGUUGACCAAAGAGUACAUUCCACCCUUGAUCUGGGGAAAAAGUGGGCAUAUCCAGACUGCCCUUUAUGGAAAAAUGGGGAGAGUGAGAUCACCACAUCCGUACGGACAUCGCAAGUACCUCACGAUGCCAGAUGGAGCAACAGCAACCUUUGAUCUCUUUGAGCCGCAGUCUGAGCACUGCAUUGGAGAGGAUGUCACGAUGGUAAUCUGCCCUGGGAUUGCUAACCACAGUGAAAAGCAGUAUAUCCGCACUUUUGUUGACUAUGCGCAAAAAAAUGGGUACAGAUGUGCUGUCCUGAACCACUUGGGGGCCUUACCAAAUAUUGAGCUCACUUCUCCACGAAUGUUCACAUAUGGUUGCACCUGGGAAUUUGGAGCCAUGGUGAAUCACAUCAAGAAGACCUACCCUCAGACCCAGUUGGUUGUGGUAGGCUUCAGCCUGGGUGGAAACAUCGUGUGCAAGUACCUGGGAGAGAACCAGGCUAACCAGGAGAGGGUGCUGUGCUGUGUCAGCGUGUGCCAGGGGUACAGCGCACUCAGGGCACAGGAAACCUUCAUGCAAUGGGAUCAAUGUAGAAGAUUUUAUAACUUCCUCAUGGCAGAUAACAUGAAGAAGAUCAUCCUUUCUCACAGGCAAGUUCUUUUUGGAGAUAACGUGAAGAAGCCACAAAGCCUGUCAGAUGCUGAUCUGAGCAAACUCUAUACAGCAACAUCCCUUAUGCAGAUUGAUGACAAUGUUAUGAGGAAGUUCCAUGGCUACAGUUCCCUGAAGGAAUACUAUGAAGAGGAAAGCUGCCUGCAUUACUUGCACAGGAUCUAUGUUCCUCUUCUGCUGGUUAAUGCUGCUGAUGACCCUCUUGUGCACGAGAGCCUUCUAUCAAUUCCAAGAGCUCUUUCAGAGAAAAAAGAAAAUGUCAUGCAUGUGUUGCCCCUUCAUGGAGGCCAUCUGGGCUUUUUUGAGGGGUCUGUACUAUUCCCAGAGCCUCUUACCUGGAUGGAUAAGCUUGUGGUGCAGUAUGCCAAUGCCAUCUGCCAGUGGGAGAAGACAAAGUCUCACUGCUCAGACACAGAGCAGGCGGUAUCUGGCCAGGAGUAAUCGACCCAAAGACUCUGGAUCACUUCAGUGUGUCUCCCCCUUUGGGAACUCUUUGUUCCCUCACCUGCUGCUUCAGGUUUCCAUUCCUUUUGAUAUCCUAUGGCUGGGUUUUGAUCACAAAGUUUCCUUCUGAAUUGGAGUUAAAACAGCGGUUAAUAUCUGGUCAGAGAAUCUUUGCUUAUAUUGUCACUUGGGUUUGUAAUUUACUGCUCUGCUUGAAGAAUUAGAUUGCUCACUGUGACUUGUUACAGGGUUAUUGAGUUGAAGACAACUUGCUCUGAUAUAGCAGAAGUUUCAGAUGUCAAAAUUGCUUCACCAGCUGAUCAAGAACUUGAUCUGCAGCAUUUAGGUAGGUGUAGAUGGCAGGGUACCUGUAAUUCUUCUCUGUCCCGGUACUAGAAAAACCCUGUACCAAGCCACAGGCCAGUCAGUGGUCCAGACUGUGUGCCACUAAAUUGUGGCUUGAUAAAACAGAUGCUUGACUGCGAGUACCAGCCUUGCACCAUCUCAAGGGAAUGUUUUACUUCCUAGGAGUGCAGAUACACAAGUCUGUCAGGUGAAAAAUGUUUGACUUCUCCAUGCUUCAGAUAUCUGUUGGUUGGGGUAUCUUUAUACUGGGAUUCCAGUAAGAGGAAAGCUGCAGACUGGCAAUGCCAGUUAAUGUUUCAAUGUAAAACAUGUAUUCACACCAAGACCAGCCCAGUCACCUUGUCACGUUUGGUUCUUUUUAAAUGUAGUCAUAUUUUUAGUAAUGGAUUUCUUGUUUGAUACGGGGCUUUUUAAAGCUGGCUCUGGCUUCCUAAUGGAAGGCAGUGAUUAAGAAUCUACAGGACCUUUUGUGAGCUCAAUGUUUUAAGAAUAUUUUGUAGUAGGUACUCUGUUAGGGAUUGAACUGUGGGGGGAGAACGUGUCUAUUUAGAUUUACUCCCCUUGUGUCAGGGUAGAUCAUACCAAAAUUCUUGCCCUUAGCUUUCAAAGCAUUUAAUGGUUUUCAGACCCAUGACUUGCCUUACAGUUGAUGGGAACCUGAUGGGUCUAGCCCUGUGUAACUCAAGUGAUAUCUUUGUCUAACUGCUUCCAUAUCUAUGUAAAUGCUGCAGGAUUUUACUGGCUCCUCACUUGAAUUCCUUUCACACUCCCAGACAUCCUCUUCUAGGUUCUACAUGCAAAGUGAAGUGUGAUAGCUGUUUGCAGGAAAGAUGCGUACUCACUUGUGCUUUUCCCUCAAGUGUCUGUUAUGGUCUGUGCCAAGACUGUUACUGAGGACUCUAAUUUAUCCCCUGGUAGGAAAGUUGCCCUGUGACAAUCUGGAGACUGAAAAUUUGUGGUGGAAAUCUUUUUUUUUACUGUUUGUUCUGUCAGUAUUCUUGUCUCAUUCAUCCAUCCUCGAGACUUCUUUAUCACAGUGUCAGUGAAGCUCUUUUCCCGUCACGCUUCCUGCAUCAAUUAGCACUUUAUUGCUUUAGCCUUGGUUUGUGUUUCGGGCACUUUAGCGUAUAGUUUGAGUGAAACAAGCUGCAAGACUUCAGUGUGGUGAUAGGGGGGAACGAGCCUUCUGGACUGCCUUGUCCCUGAACUUCAUUCAGUAGGUUGCAGAGGUAGGUUUUUAAUUUAAUAAAGCAAUAACUAACUUUUGUAGCAAAGGUGCAUUAUCAUAUCAGGAAAUUCCUUUCAGUUUGCCUUAGGCCAGACACCUUGGCCUGCUACAAUGAGCUGUGGCUGUCUCCUUGUUAGUAAACCCAGGUUUCCUUUUUUCCCCUCAAAGGAAAGAUGUGGCCAAGUAAAGCUACUGUAAUACUUGGUCAUGCUUGUGGCUGUUCCUUCAGAGCUAUUUUAGGGCAUGAGUUAACAAGGGUAUUCUUAGCUGAUGGAUAUCUUGUGUGUGUUGUUAUCCUCUUAUUCAUACUGCAUCUGUGUAUAUCAGUAAAAUCUGUCACACAAGAAAUUCAGAUUUUUGCUCAAGUAACUGUUCCUGUAAUUCUCACAGGGUGUGACGUAAAUAUAUUCUCACUUCAACAGAAGUAGAGUAUAAAUAACAUUUGUAGACAUCAAAUAGAUACAGGAUAAAUUUAGGUAUAUAGGAUAUAUGUAUUUUUUUCCUCUCCAGUGGGUUACCACUUUAGAAAUGUUCCAGCUUUCAUAACAUGCUACAUCUGUAGCUUACGCAGGUCACAGCAGUCUGCCCUGAGGAAGCAGAGCUGCUCUUCCCAUGGCAAGAGGCACCAUCUUUGAAAUGCUUCAUGUCCUGCCUCAGUCCAGCUUUACUGUGCUGUGAGAUGAAUAUCAACUCCAGACAGCUUUAGAGGAGCAGAAGCUUCCCUUUGUAAUGAUACCACUGUUGAGGUGAAGAGCCCAUCGUAUGACCCACCCUGUAGAUAACUAUGAAAUGAAGGACAGUAUGUAUGAAACCUUGGCAAGCAAAAUACCUGCCUGCCUCAAGUAUGAGUGUUAUUAGAGUAAUGCUGAGCUUUCAGCCCGCAUGGCUGAAGUUCUGCCUUCCUUCACAGGACCCCCAAACUCAAAGGAACAGUUCAGCUGUUGACUGAUCCAGAACACUAAAGGUACAAGUGAGAGAGAACUGUUCUCUUGCUUCUGAGUUGAGGUGAAGGAACACAGUGCUUUUCCACCAGGUCAUGCCAGUUCAUCUGAAAGCGGAGCUUUGUUAUGGAAAGGUUUUCCUGAGGAGCUUUUCCUCCUUCCUUUUUGUAAUGGAGAUCGUCCUUGACAAACCAGGUUUUGAAAUAGGGUUUUCUUGUUUCUAAGAUAGGAAGAAAUUACUUCCCCAAAUGCACCUUUAUUUUGUUCUGGCUGCUAUUGCAGAUAGCCAGUCAACCAUAAACCUUUUUAAGCACAUAUUUCCAAAAAUGAGGUAAACAUCUGGGCAGUUCAUAAUGCAGCAAGAGCUGUAGCUUUGUUGAAUUGAGGUUUUGCUUUAGGACUUUUUUCAAGGAAUACUCUUUCUUUGUGCCCUGUAGCCCAUACCUUCAUAUUUCAGAGGUGCUGUGAAAUUCUUGAUACUUUCCACUAGAGAAGUGAUAUAGGUCUGUCCUGCUUAAUUGAUCUGUUUUUUUUGCAAUUUCUACUUGCAUCCACAGCUACUCAUACCACUUGUGGUUUGACCAGCUAAUGUAGCCCAUUUGGGAAGGAAGAGCUUUGGCGUAGCUUGCAGAGGUUCCUGAGCCUCACUAGCUUUGAUGUAGGUGGAAACGGUAAAAAUCUCUUCUCCCCAUCCCACCCAAUUUGAUGCUACUUUUUCAAAGCAAUGCUCGUGUUGUCAAACUUUCAGCAGUAAUUUGGAGAUCCCAAGGAAGCAGUAGGAGAAGAGAAAGGUAAGCUGCAGUGCACGUUAUCUAAAGACCUUCAAAAAAGGAAAUCCAGUGCUAAAUUUUGCUGCUGACAAUGACUGGCAAUGAUAUCUAGUGCCCGUAGAACAGACAGGAUGGGACUUUGUCCAAUCCGAAGCUGAAAUGCUUUUCUCUCCCAAAAUUAGGCAGUGCUACUUUUGUGAUGUCACCAAACGGUCCUCACUUGCCCAGUGAACCCAAAAUGCAAUAUGGAUUCUUCAUCUCGGAGGUGAAGUUGUCUUUUUCAUCUCAUGUCAAAACAAAUGAGGUAGUCAAAGCGUGUACUUCUACAUCAUUACAGUUGAAGCCUCCAGUAUGAUGAAUCUGUCUUGAGCUCUUUUUAGUUCCAGAGUGAGAUUAGAAAACGCAUUAGCAGAGCUCUUCAUUUAUUCUCAUGUAGUAUAGACCUCUCUUCCCAUCACUGUAAGUAGCACUUAAAUAAGGACACUCUCAAUCAGAUAGCAAGUUGCAGGACUUAUUUUGUUGGUGGUUAGGCUGGUCCAACCACCAUCUUAGUCAGUGUAUGGAGGGAUCUGAAGCUUGUAGGUGAGCAGCUGGGACCUGCUCGAACUGAAUACAAGGAACUUGCAGCUUCUAUUACAUGAGAUCUGCCAGCAUAUUUAAUGAUCCUUUUGUUGGAAUCUAAAUGGAAGGUGUUUUCAAAUGGGUCGGCAGUGCUGUGGUUGUACUGUAAAGGCACACUUGAACCUCCCUGCAGUCUUUUCCUGAUGGCUUUUCUGCAGGUCUUGGUUUAUGAAGAUACAGGUUACAGAGACAGGGCAUUAAGCAAGGACAUUAAGAACUAUUAUCUCCAGUAUUGAAUUUAGCCAGGCUACUUGUGUGUCAUCUGUCCUGGGUCUGUCACAAGUUCCUGGACCACAGCCCUCUGACACGUGGUGCCUUGCCCUUUUUCUUCUCCCUUGACAUCAGCAUAUGUAGAGACUUCAGUAACAGCUGUCAGAGCUCUGGGGCUUUGCUUUCUAGUAAGGACAUCUCAGACACCAGGCAGUGAGACACCUCUGGUGAUGCACACCCUACCAGUGUGUGCUGACUUAAAGGACUUUUGUGGGCAGCCUACGACUCGCUAUAGUCUAUUCCAAUGCUUAAAAUAGCAAUGUAUAUAAUCAGGGGAUCGUCUUUCAGCUCUGCUCCUCAAAUUUGCCUCUGGCCAUAGGGAUUAAGUCCUAGAGGGAGGGUUAGCUUAAUAUGUGACUUUGUACCAUAUAGCCCCAAAGUUAUAGUGUCUAUCAACUCUUCAGCAGCAAAGCUGAAGACGGCUACAGCUCAAAAGAGCAGAGCAGUAACUUCAGGAAUUAAUUGCCAAACAGUUCAGUCACCUGGAUUGCUUCCAAGUUGUCUUUUCUUAAGUAACAUAAUAUCUGUCUGGAGUUCAUUGAAAUUCUUUACAGCCUUUUCCAAGGAGAUCAGAAAAGGCCCUGGUCUUGUGCUGCGCGUGUAAGUCAUUUGUUGUGUAGAGUGUCAUGUCAAGUCCUGGUCCAUGUCCUUAUUCUGGCAGGUCUGUUGGUUGGGCAGGUCCCAGAGCCACAGCAACUCAAGCAGUGUUUCCUUCCAGGGUUUCUGAUCCCAGGCAAAAAGCAAACAGCUUGUCUUGGUGUCAGGGCUUCCUGAGCUUUAUCCAAGCUUAGAACGGCCCAAAGCAACACAGACCCAAGCAAGGGCUGCCUUGUAACCGUGCCCCUUUUAUUGCUGGGAGUGUCGCUUACAGUGGCCUGGGCUUCUCUCAGCUCUUAGGGAAGCUCAGACGUAAGUGCUGUCAAUGAGUCCAAGCAGUUGCCAGCUCUCCACACUGCAGCAAAAGGGUUUCUGGGAUUAUCCUGAACGAUUCCAUUUCGAACACUUUGUUUUGAACACUCUUGGUUUUGCUGGUUAAUCAAUGGACAAAAACACUGCAAUCCAGGGCAGCAUUUAUCAGGUUGGAUCUGUUGGUGUCAAACAAUCUUUUCCGUGUCUGUCUGAUAACACUCUCAAAAAACCCUGGCCCUGUGUGCUCUGUGGAUAGACCAUGACUCUUCUUCUCACCCUAUGGCCUUGCCUAACCCAGGUGACUUUAAUGCCAGUGAGGAGCGGUCCCACUAGGUGGCUCUACACAAAGCCUUCCUGCUGUUGUCUGAAUGACGAGCUUGCAUCAUCUGUCAGCAGACAUGCAAGAGCUUCGAUUAGAUGCAGAAUUUCCUUCUAGGAUCUCCGUUACAGCUUUGCAGGGAUGCUGACCCUUCUGAUGACGAGUCUGACAUAACCAAACCUUACUGCUCAGCCCAAGUCAGCAGCUUUCCAAAGGAGCAUGUUUUCUGACAGCUCUCCCCUAUUUCCCAAUGACACAUCACUAGAAACUCUGGAGAAAGCAUUCACCUCUUUGCAAGAGGAGCCCUUUCUCUGAAAUGCCAAACUGGAGGCUGCGUGGAGCCCUCAGAAAGGCAGGCCUGUCCUCUUCUUGUGCUGCCCAUGCAGCCGUGUUAGAACAGACUGAGUGACUUCUGAUGCUCUCGGUGAGCAGUGCGGUUUACUGUGAGAAUGUUCUCAAUUUGGCACAGUUAUACUCUGGAACAAUCUCUAAAUGCUGCCCUGAAGAAGCUUGUGUACCGAGAUACCCUCCUGCUGCCAUGUUCUGAGUCAGAUUCUCUGAAGCUGACAGCUGCAGGGGAGAUGAUUUGCAACUAGCAAUGCAAUUUUUCUAUAUCUGCUGAUGUUUACCUUUAAAAUUAUAUAUAUAUAUAUAAAUAUAUAUAAAACAGUGUCUUUGAUUUUUUUUCUUUAAUUUUUGUUCUUCCGUGUGAUGUAUAAUGGAGGUCAUGGCAAAACAAAAUGUAAUUUUGUUAUCUUUGAUUCAGUGGGAUUUCUUUAUUUAAAAAUAAAGGACUUAUUGAAGCCA